AUGGUGUCAGAUUUUAGAAAGAAGAAGUUGUUGCACGUUUUCACCGCUUUCUUCGAUACCAAUGGCAGCGGAACCAUUGAUAAAAAGGACUUUGACCUUGCCAUUGAAAGGAUAUCCAAAUCGAGAGGCUGGAGUGCUGGAGAUGCUCAGUACAAAGAAGUUCAAGACACGCUUUUGAAGGUCUGGGAUGGGUUGAGCAGCGCUGACAUCGACAACGACGGCCAAGUCUCCAAAGAAGAGUGGAUUUCCCUCUGGGAGAAGUUCUCCAGCAGCCCGAGUGACUGGCAGAAUUUAUACUGCAAGUUUAUAUUUCAACUUGAGGAUGCUAGUAAUGACGGAUCCAUCGAUAGCGAGGAAUUCUCUUCGGUCUACGCUUCUUUUGGUCUAGACAAGGCUGAAGCUGCAUCAGCUUUUCAGAAGCUAUCCAAAGGCAAGUCAUCUGUCUCCUUCGCUGAAUUCCAGGAAUUGUUCAAAGAAUAUUUCGCUUCUGAGGAUGUGAAUGCCCCUGGAAACUUUGUCUUCGGGAAGACCAGCUUCUGA